AUGCCAUUACCUAGGUUUUCCGUGCUGAGAGCGCUAAAUAGCACAUUUUUCUACCAGUGGUGGUCAGCCGGUGCGUUUAAAAUUAUCAGUGAUUGUGCCCAGGCAUUCACACCACUGUUGAGUAAGAAGUUGAUUGCAUUUACAAUGGUUAGAGAGGUGGACUCGUCGGUGUCUGUUGGUAAGGGUGUCGGUUAUGCAAUUGGCAUUGUUUUGUUAUUCAUGGUUAACUCAUUUUUUUUAAAUGUCUUCUUUUUCCGAGCUAUGAUGACCGGAGCCCAAGCAAGGUCUGUGUUGAGUCAGGCUAUUUAUGAAAAGUCGCUGCGUUUGUCUGGAAAGGCUCGUAUUCACUAUACCAACGGUAUUCUUACUAAUUUAAUGUCUACCGAUUGUCACCGUAUCGAUUUUGCCUUACAAUGGUUACACUUUGCUUGGACAUUCCCAGUAUCUAUUGUAAUUUGUAUUGUCAUUGUAUUGACUAAUAUUGGUGCUUCUGGUCUUGUUGGUUUCGCUCUGCUGUUUGUAUGUUUCUUCAUUGUCACUUAUAUGGCACAGGUAUUGGGUAAGAUCCGUAAGAAGGUCAAUAAGAUCACUGAUACCAGAGUUUCCAUUAUGAGAGAGAUUCUGCAGGCCAUGAAGAUUAUUAAGUUCUAUUCUUGGGAAGAAGCAUAUGAGGAAAAGGUUGCUGAGGUUCGUCGGGAUGAAAUGCACCGUAUCAAAAUCAUGCACACUGCCAGAAACUUGUUGAACGCUUUGUUUGUGUCUGCUCCUACCUUGGCAGGUUUGGUCUCGUUUGUCACCUUGUCCAGUACCGGUGGUCACUUGAACCCAGCCGCUGUGUUUUCCAGUUUGACUACAUUCAAUAUCACCCGUAUGCCUCUUAUGUUCUUGCCUCUGGCUAUUAUGGCUGGUUAUGAUUCGUUCUUGGCUGUUAAUCGUAUUCAGGAUCUGUUAUCUGCAGGUGAAGCCGAAUUCUACAUCGAAUAUAACGUCGAUCAAGAUGAUGCUAUUGCCGUCAAGAACGGUAGUUUUAUCUGGGAAAAGGACGAUGCUAAAAAAGAAGGCGAUGAUUCGGAAUCUGAUGGAGACUCUACUUCAGCUGACAAGUAUCACGCCAAGAGCCAACCUUCAAAAGCUGAUGAGGAUGAGACAAAUGCCCUUACUCCUGCCGAGUCGAUUAAUGCGCAAGCUCGCAGUGUUCAAGAUGUUCCGGCUCCUGGCGUUGUUGAACCCAUUGACCAUCUAACCGAAUCUGCGAAUGCCGUUUCUGAUUCGGAAGUUGAGCAGUUUAACGGUUUCUCCGGACUUGACUUGACUGUCGCUAAUGGCGAAUUUGUAAUUGUCACUGGUACUAUUGGUUCGGGUAAAUCCUCGCUAUUAGCUGCUAUUGCUGGUGGUAUGCGCAAGCUGGAUGGAUCGGUUACUUUGAAUGGCCAGCUGGCUUUCUGUGGCCAACAAUGGGUACAAAAUGCCACAGUCCGCGAUAACAUUACUUUCGGUAAACCAUUUGACGAAGAAUGGUACAAGGAGGUCAUUUACGCGUGUUCUUUGAACAGGGAUCUAGAGAUCUUGCCAGCUGGAGACCAAACAGAGGUCGGUGAAAGAGGUAUUACCAUUUCAGGUGGUCAAAAGGCCCGUAUUAACUUGGCCAGAGCUGUUUACUGGAAUGCCGAUAUUAUUUUGCUAGAUGAUGUUCUCAGUGCUGUCGAUGCUCACGUUGGUAAGCACAUUAUUGAUCACUGUAUCUGCGGUCUGCUCAAAAACAAGACCAGAAUGCUCGCUACCCACCAACUGUCAAUGUUGCAAUAUGCUGAUCGAGUGAUUUUCCUCGACAACACUGGUAAGACUUACAGCGGUUCUGUUGACUACUUGAAGGAAACUGUCCCAGAAUUCAACAACCUUCUUACUUAUGGUCACCAGUCAGAAUCUGACGAUGAUAUUCCUGCUGAAGAGGAAGAGGAAGAGGCCAAGGAGCAUGUCGACAAGGAAGCACUCGAAAUCAAGAAGAUUGCCUCUAAAGAUCCCAAGACCCUUAGCGAAGAUGAAAAGAAGAAGCUGGGUGUUUUGAUGCAAGCUGAGGAAAAAGCUUCUGACGCUGUUCCUUUGAAGACAUACAUGGCGUUUUUCAAGCUUGGUGGUGGUUCCAUUUCAUAUGCUAUUUUACCUCUGCUUCUUAGUGCCAUGAUUUUGUCUACCUUCUGUCAACUCUUCACCAACACAUGGCUUUCUUUCUGGACUGGUAACAAGUUCCCUGGUAGAACUGAACCAUUCUAUAUUGGAAUCUUUGUUAUGUUUGGUAUUCUCAGUGCUGUAUUCUCGUUCUUGUUCUUCUUUGCCAUUACUCACAUUAUCAAUUUGACCAGUUUGACCUUACAUGUACAAGGUGUAAACCGAGUUCUUCACGCUCCCAUGUCAUUCUUCGAUACUUCACCGCUGGGCCGUAUUCUCAACAGAUUCACAAAGGAUACUGACACUGUCGACAACGAAAUGAGUGAUCAAUCGCGUCUUUUGCUCAUGUCAGUUUCCAGUGUUGGUGGUGCUUUUAUCCUUGUUAUUAUCUACUUGCCAUACUUUGCCAUUGCCCUUGUCGGUUUGAUGUUCUUCUUCUUUGCUGCUGCCAAGUUUUACAGAGCGUCUGCACGUGAAAUCAAGCGUAUGGAGUCGUUGGGCAGAUCUGUCUUGUUCAGUCACUUUGGUGAGACUCUCAGUGGAACUUCAACUAUCAAGGCUUACAACAACCAAGAAAUAUUCAUUAGGAAGAGUGAAAAGGCUAUUGAUAAGAUGAAUGCUCCUUAUUACCUUACUAUUGCUAAUCAACGUUGGUUGGCAUUGAGACUCGAUUUGGUUGGUGCUGGUCUGACUCUUGUUACUACAAUGCUUUGUGUUACUGGUCAGUUCUCGAUUAGUCCUUCCUCAGUUGGUUUGGUGCUUUCAUCGCUCUUGCAGACUAUUAACAUGAUGUCUAUGAUUGUUCGUCAAUUAGCAUCGGUAGAGAACAACAUGAACUCUGUCGAGCGUGUCCACCACUAUGCUUACGAACUUCCCACUGAAGCGCCUUUCCAUAUCGAAGCUACCAGACCCGACCCCAGCUGGCCCAAGGAGGGUAGAAUCGAUUUCAAGAACAUGACCAUGGCUUACCAACCAGGACUGCCUCCUGUGUUGAAGAAUAUCAACCUCAACAUCAAUGGUGGUGAGAAAAUUGGUAUCUGCGGUCGUACUGGUGCUGGUAAGAGUACCAUUAUGGUUGCUCUGUAUAGGUUGGCAGAAAUGAGCGGUGGAUCCAUUGACAUCGACGGCGUGGAUAUCAGCACCCUUGGUCUCAACGAGCUUCGUAUGAAGCUAUCUAUUAUCCCACAAGAUCCAGUGCUCUUCCAAGGAACCAUCCGAUCGAAUAUUGAUCCUUUUGGAACAUGCACGGAUGUCGAGCUCUGGGAUGCUCUUCGAAGAUCUUGGUUGGUUGAGAGCAAGGAUCUCGAGCUUCUUAAACAGGGUAGCUUGAGUAUGGACAAGGUCAAGUUCCAUCUCGAUAGUGUUGUAGACGAUGAAGGUACCAACUUUAGUUUGGGUGAACGCCAACUACUGGCUCUUGCUCGUGCCUUGGUCCGUAAAUCUCAAAUUCUCAUUUUAGAUGAGGCCACAUCCUCAGUUGACUUCCAGACUGAUCACAGAAUUCAGACAACUAUUGUCAACGAAUUCAGCCAUUGUACUAUUCUUUGCAUUGCCCAUCGUCUAAACACCAUCUUAGCCUAUGAUAGAAUCCUCGUUCUGGAACAAGGAGAGGUUGCUGAGUUCGAUGACCCAGUCACUCUCAUGAACAUCAAAGGUGGCGCAUUCCAAUCCAUGUGUGAGAGAUCUGGAAUCUCUAUGGACGACGUCUUGGAGCAACAGGCUGCAAGAAAGAACCAACAAUAA